AUGGCGUUGGCGCCUCGGAGAGACGGUGGACCAGUUUCCAAAUUCUGGGAAGCCCCAGAUAUCGUCAAUGCACUUGAACCUGUUCGUGUAUGGAUUCAAAAAAAUUGCAAGAAGUUCGUUCAAGCAGAUCCGCCGACUAACAAAUCUCUUGCGGCCCAGAUAAUCCAGUUUAUUCAAUUCCAAGAGGAAAAUUUUGGGAAGAGCGUGUCUAAGCCGCCUCUCACUAGGCUGCCGAUGAGGUGCCUGUUGGAUUUCUCGACGAAUGGAUCGCUUUGUCACGUUCUGGCCAGCGCAUACAAAUUCAAGCUUGAUCAGGGAUGGCGUCGUAUAGACCUACAAUCUCCGUCGAGAAUGGAUAGAAACGUGGAAAUGUUCAUGCACAUCGAAAAGGUUUUGAUCCACAAUAAGUGGAUUGUUAUGCCUGUUGUGUUCAUCACUCCAGACGUGGAAAAGAGCCUUGGUCAUAGGAUUCGCGAAAUUGUGAAACGUCAUCAAGGAGCGUUGACCGAUGACGAGAAAGACGCGACGCACGUGGUUCAUGGACCAGUCGGGAAUCAUUCCGCGGAAGAACACGAUUGUCUUCGGCCCGUUCUUCGACGUGGGGAGAAUCAUAUUAUGAUCCACUGGCCUGGACUGCCGGAUUCCCAUGAUUCGUGGAUUGCUGCCAGUCCAGAUGCAGAAUUGGAUAGUAUUCCGGAUAUUCUUCCAUCUCUGCAGCGCGAGAAACCAUGGCAUGUAUCGAUUGAAUGGAUCAUGGAGACCGAUCGCUAUAAUGAGUGGAUGAACGAAGAAGACUUCCUAGUAGAUGAACACGGAAGGAAAAGAUUCGCGAGAAAUCGCAUGACGAUUGAAGAGUUCACGUCAUUAAUGGAGUCGGAUAAGAAAGCGAAGAAGAACAAGCGUCGCAGAUCUCCGUCUCCUGCUCAAGGAAGACCAAAUCAUGCUGGAAAACGAAAAAGUACUAGAACACCUGCUCCACACAAAAAGCGUCGUGGGGACGACGUGACGGAGAGCGACGAUGCGAGUCGUGACAACCUCGAUAUGGAUUCGAAGUCAUCCGCGCCCACGCCGGAGUCAAUGCCUGUAGAAGCUACACCUGCAAAGAACAGACGUGACGAUACUCAGCCACUCAAGUCUGGCCAGUAUCUUGACCUGGAUGAAGAUGCCAAUGACGGUGUAGAUGAGAGCAUGAACGCAUCCCAGACCGGUGGUGUCGACGGCAAUGCCACCCAAAAUGGUACUGUGAACGGGAAACUGGAUACGAGUGACGACAACGUGACGGAACAGGCGCAUCACAUUGUCAUUCCGUCGUAUGCCGCGUGGUUCGACUAUAAUGGCAUACAUUGCAUCGAGAAGCGCGCAAUGCCUGAAUUCUUCAUGGGGAAGAACAGAUCUAAAACGCCAGAAGUGUAUCUGGCGUAUAGAAAUUUCAUGGUUGACUCAUAUCGGUUGAAUCCUAUGGAGUAUUUGACUGUCACGGCCUGCCGUCGAAAUCUGGCUGGUGAUGUGUGCGGAAUCAUGCGAGUGCAUGCUUUCUUGGAGCAGUGGGGUAUAAUCAACUAUCAAGUCGACAGUGAUGCCAGACCUUCAACCAUGGGCCCUCCUUCGACGUCGCAUUUCCAUGUGUUGUCAGAUACCCCUGCAGGCCUUCAACCAAUCAACCCACCAAGAUCAGUUCAACCUUCACAAGCUGUCAAGAGUUUCAUGGAUUUCGACAAAGACUUGCGUGAUAAGGUACGUUCUCCGUCAACGCCCAAGAUGGAGCGUGAAAAAGAAAGAGACGAAGACCGAGAUGAGAGUUCACAAGAUGCCGACGAUGAACGGGGAUCGAAGGACGACAAGGAUGAUACCAUGGACGGGGACGGAGAUGCGCGGAAAGACGGAGAAAAAAUUAAGGAAGAAGAUGAGGGAGGCAAGGAAGAAAGAAGCUCUGUUAUUGGCGAGUUUGGAUUGAAGAUGGAUCAGUACUCGAGAAAAAUUGGUGGAAACAAGCACAAAAGUAUUAGUAAUGCCACGCGUGAGUGGUCAGAGGAAGAGACUCUAUUGUUGCUUGAAGCAUUGGAGCUUUACAGAGAUGACUGGAAUAAAGUUUGCGAACACGUGGGGACACGAACUCAAGACGAAUGCAUCAUGCAUUUCAUUCGUCUACCAAUCGAAGACCCAUAUCUGAAUGAUCCUGCUUUUGCUUCCAAAGCUGCGCUAGAAGAAUUUUCUAAAAUCAAAGAGGAAGUUCCUGCGUCGUUGAUUCAAACGCACAUGAAGAAUAUUUCAAGUGCAUUUAAAUCUGGAAUCAAGGUGGACGCCGAAUAUGGCCUUUCGAUGACUGGCCUUGCGGGAACGGGAGAAUCGAAAGAAGAUGCUGCCAAAGACGACAAAAAGGACGAAGACAAAGGGGACAAACCCGUUAACGGAGCAGCGGAUGUCGCAGUAAAAGUCAAAGAAGAGCCUUCGACCGAAGAAGGAUCAGAGCAGGAAAGAAUGGAUACCAGCGAGGUUGAUCCUGCCGAAAAAGAUAAGACUGGCAGUGACAAGCCAGCGUCGGCGGAAGGUGACGCAGAGCGAUCCGCGGACGAGGCUGGCAAGGGAGACAAGGAUGCGGAGAAGAGUGGGGAAAAUGAUGGCGAAAAAGAUACCGAGGAAGAGCUCCUCGCCAAAGAAAAAGUUCUUCAGGUCGCCGCUUCAGCCGCGUUGUCUUCUGCCGCGGUCAAGGCAAAGCAUUUGGCCUCUAUGGAGGAAAGGAAGAUCAAGUCUCUCGUUGCACUUCUGGUUGAGACGCAAAUGAAGAAGCUGGAAAUUAAAUUACGUCACUUCGAAGAGCUUGAGACGAUCAUGGACAGGGAAAGGGAAGCCCUAGAAUAUCAGAGACAAUUGCUUCUCCAGGAACGACAACAUUUCCACAUGGAACAACUGAAGGCGCUUGACUUCCGCGCAAAGCAGCAAAAGAUGAUGCUGGAUCAACAGCAUUUGCAGCAGGGUCAAGCGCCGUCUGCAGCUUUGACACCACCCGUUGCUGCUACCGCGCAGCAGGUACCCUUGCAGGGGCCUCCAGCAGGCCAGUCUAUUCCUGUGUCACAGCCAGGAACUUCCAUAGAAAUGGCUUCGGGGAUGAUUCCAGGUCCGCAGGCUCCCACUGCCACCGCUGUUCCUCCGCAGAUUUCCUUGGCUCAAGGCGGCCCUGUUCAUGCUGCUCCACAGCCGGUUGGUAUUCCACCGCAACAAUCCGGGAUUCCGCCGCCACAGCAGCAGCAGCCACCGCCGCCACCGCAACAACAACCACCUCAGCAGCAGCAGCUGCUGCCCCCUCAGCAACAACAGCUGCUGCCCCCUCAGCAACAACAGCAGCAUCAACAACUACAACCCCCCCAGCAACUUCCUCCGCAGCAAAUUCCGCCACAACAGCAACAACUGCCUCCAGGAAUACACCCGGGCCCUCCGCAGAUGCAGAAGAUCCCGCCUCAUUAUGGAAUGCCGCCUCAAGCUCAACCCUCCCCGCCAUCCGGCGCGCACAUGGAACAUUCCCAGCACGCCCCGCCACAGCACCAGCAGCCGGAGAUGCAUGGCGGCCCGCCACCGCCGCAACAACAACAACAACAACAACAACAGCAGCAGCAGCCGCCGGCUGGUGUCGGACCUAUGCAUCACAUGAUGGUGCCUCCGGUGGCGCAGCAGUCCGGCGUCAUGCCCGACGGUGCACAGGUUGAGCAGCAGCCGUUGCCUCCACCGCCUCCGGUUUCGCAGCCCAUGCACGCGAUGUUGCCGCAACAACAUGCUCAAGCGCAUCCGGGAAUGCCGAUGCAGCCUCACGUCAUGCCGCCGCAUCCGCUUCAACAACAAAUUCCGCAGCACCCGAUGCAACAUCAGCAGCCGCCCAUGCCGCAAGCACCACCGCAACAACAACAACAACAACAACAACAACACCCCAUGGACCUAAAGCAAAAAUACUUGUUUCCGGUUGCCUUCAGGUCAUCCAAGGCAAUUCCGCCAUUUUCAUCAACAGCCGCCUUCACAGCCACCAAAGUGGAAGCCAAUGUGGCAUCUGUGAAGGUGGCUCACCCGAUGCAACAUCAGCAGCCGCCCAUGCCGCAAGCACCACCGCAACAACAACAACAACAACAACAACAACACCCCAUGGACCAGGGAAUGCAUCCGCAGCAACUUCCUCCGCCGCCUGUACCAGUGUCUUCUCCUGCUGGGCCGCCACAUCCUCAGCAUUCCAUGCCGCCGCAGCAGCAGAUGUCGCCCGUAGGAUAUCCUGGUGCGCCACCAGUAACUGGACCUGCUCCGUCGGUUGCUGCUCCUCCUCCUCCUCCUGGUCCAGUCGCUGUCUCUGGUCCACCUCCUCCUCCUGCUGCUCCUCCUGUUCCAACUUCGGCUCUCCCCCCGCCUGCUGCCAUCCCUCCGCCUCCUUCUCCGCAGCAACUGCCGCCUCCGGCUUCGUCUCCGGCGCCGCAGCAACCCCCGCCACCACUUCCAGCACCCGUCGCUGCUCCACCGCCGCCGCCGGCGCAAUGA